AUGUUCACCAACCAUGGUCCCAGCUUCAGACCCAGAUAUAACCCCAUAACUGAUGAAUCAUCUACAGCCCCCUUUAGACUUGGUCCUGCCAUCAGGACCAUCCACAAAGGGACCUGGGAGGAGUCACACCCUCUUAACCUUAACAAAAGGAAAAAACGUGUUUAUGCCAUCAAAGAGGAUGAAAAACAAUCCUGGCCUCCUCCUCCUCCUCCUAGCCCCCCACCUCCGCCUUUGGAGGCAAAUAACUCAUUUAUUCCCUUGAUGCAGUCCUGUCUUGAAGGACAUAACAUGGGAGUUGAUGCUCAUCAUGUCUCUCCUGUUAAAGCUGUUGAUUCUCAUCAGUUUUUUCAUCAGGGUGCACAAGCUUUGGCUAACAUGCAUCAGAUAUCUUACAGGCAAGCUCAAGAUAUUGUACAUGCUUUUCCUGAUUGUCAGAGGUUUUCUAAAUCUAAUUUCCCUGGAGGAGCUGAUCCUCGAGGAAUAAAAGGCCUGCUAUGGAUUCCUGCUAAGGCUGUUAAACCUUAUGUGGAACCCCAAACCAGAUCAGGAAUUGCAUCUGAUCCCAAAAUCUCAGUGCCUCACCAUUGCACCUCAAUCUAUCUCAUCGGGGAUGGUACACAUCAGAUCACCAGACAAAUGAAAGCAUAUAUUCAAACAAAUACUUGUGAACAAAUGUUUAUAGCAGCUUUAGCUGUUGUAGGCAAUAACUGGAAACAAUCCGAGAGCCAAUCAACAGGGCCCUCUGUCCUUAACUUUGGUGAUAUUUGUGUGAACUCCACAAAUACUCAUCCACUUCAUAUUAUUGAUAUGCUACCUGUGCAUAUUUUGAUUCAGUUAGAUAUUAAUUUGGAAGAACUUUGGAAGACCAACCAAUUUUCAUAUGUGAUUCCACCCACAUCCAGUACUUACAUUUCAGUGGUAUUUGAAUCUCCCACCAUUGGAAAAUUGUGGAAGUCUUUUACCUUUACAGUGAACAACAUACCCAGUGGACACAUUCUAGUGAUGGCUGUUGUCCUGCCAGUAAAACUUGAGCUAUCUUCUAAUGAGCUACUACUGAGACUGUAGGGUUUCUUGGUGAAAACAUGUUUUGGGGGGAUAGUUAGGUUGUAUAAUUGUCAGAAUUACUCUGACAAAUUUGGAUGGCAACCAGUAAACACAGGAAGAGGGAUGGCAUUUUCCAUUCAUCCAGCUAAAGGCAUUGUUGAACCAUAUGCCUCAAUGGAAUGUGAAGUAACAUGACAGCCAAGUUUCGGUUCUCCAGAAAGGGGAGAAUUUAUUCUUUUUGUUGAUGAAGGAAAUACGUUUACACUAAAAUGUGUUGCACAUAUUGGACACACAAAGGUCACAUUUUUGGAGCCAAGGAUACUCUUCAGUAAUAGCCGUCAAGGUUUAACAACUUGGAGGAAAGCCAUUCUUCACAACGUAGGACAAAACCAUGCUUAUUUCAAGGUUUGUGACCAGGGUCUUUUGCCUGCCAUUAAUAUUGUUCCAUCGCAAAGAAUAAUUCCAAUUGGGGAGAUAACUGUUCUCAAUAUCUCCUGUACACCCACUGCAGCAGAAAAAUUUGAUCCGAGAGCAAAGGUUGAUAUUUGUCUUACAAAUGUCAUAGACCUUAAGAUUAGUGGAUCCAUUGAGAUUGCUGAUGUCAAAAUCAAUCCUGUGUCAGCAUAUGACUUUAUCAUUGAAGUUGAGAUUAAUUCCUUCAAGGCUUCAGAACUCUAUGCUGAAUAUUUGUCAGGUUCUUCUUCGUUUCCUAAGACAACACCACUUAUCUAACCCUGUCAUGUUCAAGCUACUGUUUUAAAGUCACCAGUGAAAUUGUCCAGUACUGAAUUUGUGUUUGAAAUUCCUUUAUGUGAGAUGAAUCCUAAAGGCAAGGUCACCAAAACUCAGGAUCUUUUCUUGCAUAAUAUUUGAAAACAUGACGUGCAGUGGACUUUGGAUCUUAGUAAUACUGGCAAACUUUUUAUAUACGGCAUAUUCAAUUUUAGUGUACUGACUGGGAUUAUGUAACCAUGUGAAGAGCAUAAUGUUUCCAUACGUCUCUGCCCAAGUAAGCUUAGAAAAUAUACAGUUGGUAUUCCUAUACGUUUAAAUUAUAAUCCGGUGUGCUAUCGAAUGUUAUAUCUGACUGGAGAGGUAAAAUCACCCAAGUCAUUGUUUGACCCUCCAUUUAUAUUUUUCACUCCUGUUCCUUUGGAUGUAACAAAUGCAAUGGAUAUCAACAUUUUAUCCCAAAACUAUUUCAGAAGCUCAACUCUAAACUUCCAGAUUCCCAUGGCAAGUUUUCUUGAUGGUGAUGAGAUUCACCCUCUUUCUGUAAAGUUUCCAAAAGGCAGAGUCAUCACAGGCUCUAAAAGUGGAGUUAAUUAUGAACUCAUCUACCACCUUAGUUUCAAAUCAUCUAAAACUAUGUCAUUUUGCACCAAUCUUCUUUUCUGUGAUGAUAGAUCCAAUUGGUUUUCACUUCCAGUUACUGUAACAGCAGAAAACUGCAUUCUUACUAUAUACCUAUAUAUAGCAAUUCAUCUGGAUAAGCAAAAUGUCAUCGUAGAUACAGACAGAAGUCCUGUGAAGACUAGAGACAAUGUUUUACUUCCCCCCAGGGAUGCUGGAUUACUCUCUCCUGCUUCAGUGAGAAAGGCAUCCACCACUACUAAAUUUAAUGGCGCUGAACUUGCAAGACGAAACUUGUUUGUUGGAAUGGAAAUAAUACAUGAAAAUUUGAACUCAGAUGAAAGUAAAACGUCAAAGAAAGAUGAUCAGUCUACGGAAAACGAAGUGAAGAAUGAACAAUUCUUUUCUCCUGAAAAUGGAACAAAGGCAUAUAAUUUCUUUCAGAAGGUUGUAAAUGCAGCUCAGACCUGGUUCAGUCUCUUUGGCUGGCCUGAAAGACCCCAUUCACUUUCUAUUCCAGAAACUAUAAGGUGACAGGAUGUAUAUAAAAUACAAUUCUUCUCAUCAACCUCAUCACCCAAAAAAUUACAGAGUGACUGUUCCAAAUUCAAUAAGAAAAUUUAUGAUGUGCUGCUCCACUUGAGUGGAAAACUGCCACCUGGAUUUAAUUCAACUCAGGCUUUACCUGUGGAUAACACUGAAAGGGUGAUUCAACUUCAUUUGCAACACUCCUCACUUUUGGACUUUCUCAAUACUCAAGGAGGAUGUAUUUCUCAUGUGCUGCCAGAAUUUCUUCUUGAACCUAAGGACUAUAAGAAGUGGAUUGAAAUUAUGUCUUCCACUAAAACCACGCCUGUGAGUUCCUGUACACCUAAGGAAAAGUGUUCUGUUGUUAUAGAGAUGACUAAGUUUGAAGCCUUCAGUAAAAGGGCAUGGACAGAUGUAUUCCUUCAGAUAUACAAGGUUUUGGUUCUCCGGGUUGUACCACAUUGCAGCAAUAAUAUGCCCUACAUGACUGUGCAAAAUACACCAAAAGUCAAUCCUCGUUUUGUAUCCAGCAACAUGUAUUCUAAAUCUGAAAUGAUUCUGCUUAGUUGGAUGAACACAAAUUAUGAGAAUACUCGACAUAUGAUAUGGGAAAACUGUCAAAAAGUUAUGACAGCUGCAGAUGGAUCUCUUCUAGUUCCUUUACGAUUUGUUCCUCUCAGUCCUGGACGCUACCCCUGUAAAAUAUUUUUGACAUCAAGGUAUGAUGUGCAUCUCUAUUACGUUGAAAGCGUGGUGAAUGAAGAACAACCAGAGGCCAGAUCUGAGUUUGAAACACCAGCAUUUGAAGCCCUUACCCAGGAUAUUCCAAUCAAUAAUAAAACAAAGAACAAAUGGAAAUGUCAAGUUACUAUAGAAGGAGAAUGGUUUUAUGGACCUUCUAUUUUACAUGCUGGAGCAGGCGAAACUGUGCAGUAUCCUCUCACGUUCAAACCAAUUUUGGAAUGUGAGAUAAUGGGUAAAUUUAUUCUACAAAAUGAAGUAGAUGGUAUGAAGUACAUCUUUGAUAUAAAAGGGGUUGGAAGAAAACCCAUGGCCUUGGAAAAUAUCACUGUGGAAUGUCAAGUUGGGAACAUAACAAAUAAACCCAUAAUGGUGCCUAAUUAUACAAAUACUUCUCUAACAUAUAAGGUAUCUUCAGAUCUUCCAAUAGUGUGGAGAAAUCCACGUGUCACUAUAGAUCCUGAUAAUGCAAUUCCAUACAUUCUGCACGUGUACUCUUGGAAACAUGGUGUGUCCAAAGUUUAUUUUAGUGGGGAACUUAAUGAGUUACUGGGAAGUUUUUUUGUUUUGCCUUGUUUUUCAGAUGAUGAUGUUAGCAAUUUAAGAGUCUGGUAUGAUCUUGAGAUCCAUAGCUCUCCUGGACCACCCUUAGAUGUUAUUGAGAUGAAGUGUACCACUGUGGACACCAUCUGCAUUGAAAUACCUCCCUUUAACCCAAAAGACAGAAUUAUUUGCUUAGAUGUGAAAUUAACAAAUGCUGCCCUUAAUGGAUUCAAGAAAAUUAUACUGAGACCUCUAGAAUGUUUCAACUAUGUUGUACAGUAUUCUCCAGCACCUACAGGCUGUAGAGAUAAAAGCCUUAUUUUUCAGCUUGAAAUGGCUCAAGAGUUCUGGUAUUUACUGAAAUUAACUACUGAAUUACCAAAACCAACUGUAAUGCCAAAAAUGAAACGUGACCUUGGAAAAUAUGCCACUCAGAUCAUUCCCUUAGUUAAUCCUAUACACGAAACUUUAGAAUUGCAAGCAACAAACAGUAAUUCUGAAAAUUUUGCCCAGGAUGUUAACAGAGGGUCAUCACUGAUCAUACCUCCUCACAACACCAAAGAGACAUCUGUUCACUUUUAUCCUUCUGCACUUCGAAGAGCUGGUCAUAAAGCUUCUAUCAACUUCCACUGUGCUCAGUUUAAAGAAUGGAAAUUCUACCUCUCUGGAGUAGGACUGUUUCCCCAGCCUAUAGAUACAGAAAAAGUAACCAAAUACCUCGGUUAUCAGUCAUCUAUCACUAUACCUUUCAAGAAUCCCAACAAGGAAGAUGUUCUUAUUGAUGUCAUACUAACAAGUCAGGAAGAGCCCAGGGAUCUUAUCAUUGACCAUUGCUGGAAUAGCUUCAUCAAUGAGAAUCCUGCCUUUGGGUUUAGUCUUCUGAGUCACAUGCAAGGAAUUGUACUGCCUCUUAAAGGAAUUAUAGAUAUCCGAGUAUUAUUUUUGCUCAAAAUUAUGAAAUUACACAAAACAAUGGUCAUUGUUCAGAUGAUGAAAGCAAAUAGAGAAAAUUGGCCUAUCGAUAAUUUUGAUGAAUUGGAUACAAAGACUAAAAGAACUAUGGGAGUAGACAGAGGAGAAAUUCAAACAAUACACUGGAUAUACCCUAUUCUUGGACUCCCUCAGGCGUCACAUCCUAAAUCUUCUGAGGUUGUCAUUACAUGUCAGCCCAGGAAGCGAGUAGAAGAGAAGGUGGAAGUCAUGCUGACUGAUAUGCCUAAAAAUCAUGAAUUUGAAUGUGAAAUUCAAUUUGAAUCUGAAGUUAUGAAGUCUAACUUGGAAUCCUGUGUGGUUUUAUAUUUGAUCAAAAAACGUUAUAAUAUCCAUGCUGAAAUAAUAUCGUUGGUCUUCAAUCUGGUAUUUACACCAAAGAAACCAUUGUGGUCUCAUGUUACACUGAAAAUAGAAUGCCUAACAGAUGGAAUUUGGAAGUUUCCCAUAAUGUCGGUUGCUACUGAGCCUGAUGUAGAUGAUGUCACUGACAUUAAAGGACUUGCUUUAUUUAAGGAAUCCGUUAUUGACUUCAGACUGACAAGUCAGACAAGAAAUUCUGAGCCCUUCACUGCAUACUUUCUAACUAGCAGUGAUCCAGAGUUUUUUGUAAAACCUCAGAUUGGAGAACUUCUUCCUUUUGACACUGAAGGAACUCUCAUCAUUGUAAGACUCAAACCUCAAAUGUACAGUAGAAAAUACAAAGGAACAUUAGUAAUACAGACGGAGCAUAUGUACUGGUCGUAUGAUGUCAAUGGAUUACCUCUAGCAACCAUGCCAUUGAAGGCUGUAAAAGCAAAAAUUGAUGCUAGUAACAAGAAAUAUGACCGCAUGCCAAUUCGUCGGCACAAUUUUAUGUGUGAAAAUGCAAAACUCUUAAGAACAGGGGUGUCUUCUACAAUUAAGGGUGCUCCUUUGAUGAUAAAGAAAAAAUAA